AACUCUCUUCAGCUGACGGUCAAAUCAGACGCUUUCUCUCAGUUGCUCGAACGAACGAUCGAUUCAUAUCCGAUUUUUCAUUAAACAGGACUGUCUUUUUUUCGUGUAUCUACUGUUAGAUUUUCUAAAACAAGUUUAUCAAUAUUCUUCACACGGUCAUGCACUCCACACAAUGACGUUUUUGCGAAAUAACAAAACGUCAGUACGUUUGUACGUACGGUCGUUCGAGGGCGCUUGCUAUCUGUUGUGUACGAUACUACGUAGGUAUAUGCAUAUGUAAAUAAAUAUGUCUACAUAUAUAUUUAGUGGCAAAUAUCUCGACGUACGUUAAUAAUUAUAGUUCAAUUCACCUUGAGAUUAAUUCCGAUUAAUUUUUCAAACAAUUUCAAUCGAUCGUAAAUUUAGCUCUUAUUAGCGUCUUCCUCGAUCUUUGUCUUCUCCUUCCACUCUACAACUUUCUUAGUCUCUGCUUCCUGUUGGAAAGUGUUUAAUUCGUUUUGUGUCACUGCAAUUUGUACUAUAUUGCAGGUUAUAGCUUGCGUGGUUAUGCACAUAUAUGUGUGUGUGAACUACAAAUAGUAUUGCGUACUGUGUAAAAAAAGAAAAUAGAAAAUAGAAAGACACGAAGCAGUAAAAUAUAUUUUUGCUAAUUUCAUCAUACGAGGUAUCUAUAUAACGUGGAUAACAACGUAAAAGAAAUGGAAAUAAAUAACGAGAUUGUUCUAUUGAGACAAUUCGUUCGUCAGGCUCGCAUUUGCAUGAUAAAUAAAUUGAUCAGAGAGGCGAAAAGGUUACGCGCUAGCAAUGGUAAUGAAAAACUGUUGGAAAGAAAUAAAAGUAAAGCGGAUAAGCUGUUGAGGGAGGUAUUUGCAUUGAAACGUAUCAAAGACGAUGAGAUAUCAAAAUUCGGAAUUACCAAGUUUAAACACCUGCAAGAUAUAUUGCAAAAGCCACAGGUUGACGACAAAAUUCGUGCCAUGGCAAAAGUUGUUCGUUACAAAUCUUUAAGUUUGAAGAUAAUGGAAUUUCAGGAGAAGUUUCCAGAUUGUGAUAAACAUAUUUCUUGGAGAAAGACGAAGAACUCGACGAAAAAGAAAGGAGACUGCAUUACAGAUUUCCAAGUGAAACGUUCAAAACGAUUACGAAACGAUAUCAACAACUCUGUAGAGAAAGUCCAUGGAGAGAAUGCAAAAAUUAUCAAUGACGACGCUACACCUGCUGGUCAUGUAGCUUGUCAAAAAGAAAAAAAUGUUGGUAGCAAGUGUGAAAAACUGUUGAAAGAAACAAAAUUCAACACAAAAGCCAAAGACGAUGAAGGAAACUCGAUGAAAAUACUCGACAUUCAAGAUGUAAAGACAGACUCUAAGAAUGACCAAAGUUCUAAGAUUAUUACCAAAGUCAUUAGUAAGGAGGCCACUGUUAAACGAUUCACAGAGGUUUUGCAAGAAACGGACAAGGAACAAAAUGACAUAUAUAAAGCAAGUGUGAACAAUGAACAACAAUCUUGCGACGAAACAACCAAAUCAUCAGGAAACAGAAACGAUUUUUUUUUGCGUACAAAUGAAGUAACUUUGCGUUCAAGCGACACGCUAUUUUCCAAAGAGAAAAACAUUGGUAGUCAAUGUAAUAUUAAUCACAAUGUAUUUAAAUCCCGUCAGAUUAAAAAGAAAAAAGAUAAAUUAUGCAAUGAAAGGAUAUAUAAAGAGAAAAGGAACAACAGAAAAGGAGAAAUGAAUUUUGCAAACGUAUUUUAUGAUGGAAAUGAUAGGAGAGAAACCUGGAAAGAAAAUAGGAAAGGUACACGAGUUGAGAAAAAGGAAAAAAUUAAUAGCACAAGUUCUGCAGAGUAUGAAAAUCUGCAUCCUUCUUGGGUUGCAAGAAAGAAGCAACAAGAUAUUAUGAAACAGGGAUUUCAAGGAAAAAAAAUUAAAUUCGAUGAAAAUUGAACAAGCACUAUCUCUUAAAUGUAUUUCUACAAAUGUAAAUUUUCAAACUGAAGGAACUAUAUUGUGUCAAUUUUAAUAAACAAGAGUUUAUAUAUAUAUAUAUAUAU